AUGAAGAACGAUGCUCCGCAAGCUGAGUUCGCAUUCUUAUCGGCGUGUCAUACCGCCGUCGGUGAUGAGGACACGCUCGACGAGGUCAUCCACCUCGCAGCUGGUCUGCAAUUUUUCGGGUUCAAGAGUGUCAUUGUGGAAGCUUUCUACGAUAAUAUAUCUAAGGAUUUGAAGGGGGGCCUCAUGAACUGUACGAAGGCUGUAUCAGCACUCAACUGUGCUACGGCUGCUGUGAAGAAGAAAGUGCCGCUCGAGCAGAGGAUCGUUUUCAUUCAUAUCGGUGUGUAG